AUGGACGCACAUCGCUUCAUGUUAUGCAUGUGGCUCUGGUUGGUAUCUGCUUAUGUAGAAUGUUUGCCCAGAGUUCGAUUAAGUUCAAGACAGCAAAUUGAAGGGGAGACACGUAUUACAAUAGAUUUUUACAUAGAUGAUUCCGUCAGCGCGACUGAACAACAGGUGAAGGAUUAUUUGCACAACGUCAUUCUAACGACAACGGCCGAUCUCCAAAGUUAUUUUGUCGUCGACGAUAUACAUCUUCCGUACUGGAUAAAAUACAUUGGGAACGAGCUUGCACUGAAAUCUGCGCUGCAGAGUUAUAAAAACCCGGAAUUUAUUCACCUGGAUGGAGCAAUUGAUGCAUUAACAGCCUAUUUUAUAAACCAGAACCCUCCUGACAUCAUUUGCCUGGUAACAAACUAUACAAUACACAAUGGAGAUAAUAUACGAAAGGCUUAUGGGUAUUCUAAGGAUCACACUCUGUGCAAGAUUGUUGUAUCUAUGUUGUUAGCAUACGCCCCCGACACACCGGGAUACGCCGGCAGAAUGUUGUCCGAAAUGAUCAGAGCCAGCGUAAAUCCACAGGAAGGGCCAAAUCUGUAUCAUCGAACAUCACGAGGAGGCAGUUUCAAAAACCAUAUGAAGGAAUACUUAAGUACAUGCAACAAAGGUUUCAAGCAUCACGACCCUCCCGAAGAUAACAGGCCUCCACAACCCCCACCAGAAAUCCCUCCCGGACCUCCCGAUGUCCCUCCACCACCAGCACCGCCGGACACAACUGCCAAACCGCCAGAAGUGCAACCACAGCCACCAUUACCGCCUGUGCCACCAGCGCCACCAGUCUCACCGCCAUCCCAACCAGACAAGCCUCCAAAUCCAGUACCAGAGGCAACCACACCUGCCGAGCCUCAACCUGAUUACUGCUAAAGUGGAUCGCAUACUAGACUGGUUCAUCAGUGGCACGAGUAUUUGGUAGCACGUGGAUUGCAUGUCCGGGAUUGAGUUUUGUUUUUAAUAAAUAUAUUCUGGCUUAACA